AUGAGGAAUCGCGUGUUUCUAGGCUCUCCGAACCGGCAUAAAUAUGUCCUGGUGGCCGCGAUACUGACCCUAUUCAUUCUUUUCAAAUCCGUACCCACGCCAACAUUCAGGCUUGACCCCCGCAAUGAGAAGUCAUACGGGGAAGCCCGACCACGAUAUCUUCACCAGUCUACAUUUCGUGCGAACCCAGACUAUGAAUACGAGAUCAACCUUUCCAAUGCGCUACGCGCCAUGGAGAUAGAAAGGGAAACGCGCCCCGAUGAGGAUGCGACAGGCACACUGUGGCAGAUUAUGCUACCAGGUGUCAGCGAGCGAAGCGACGAUUCAAUCCAAUUCGAACAAAAGAACUCGGAAUGGAAAUACAAGCUCGUCCAAGCCGACUGGGCCGAUAAAUUCAUCUUCGAGACUCUGGAAUCCAUCCCAGACAUUGCCCGACUCUACAAAUCAUACCCACACUCCGUCCACCGGGGCGAUCUCCUCCGCUACUUGAUUCUAUGGUACUACGGUGGCUACUAUGCAGAUCUCGACGUCUAUCCCGCACGAAGCAUCAAAUCAUGUCCCUCACUACGCGACUUCCUCUUCAAAGACAAUACUGUCAACGCGAAUGUCUCACUAGUCGUCGGGAUUGAGAUCGACGAGCCCUUCGCAUCCCCGCAGAAGAUGCGCGACUGGCACUGGGCGCGACGCUACGGCUUGAUCCAGUACACGAUGUAUGCGCCCCGACGGUUCAGUCCGCUACUGAGAGAGAUCAUCGUCCGUGUACUGUCACAUACGAAGAAACGAGUUGACGGGAGUCAUUUCUGGAGCGGCCGAUACAACGAAAUGGAUACGCUGGAGAUUACCGGGCCGGGCGUGUUUACAGAUGCCAUUCUCGACGUUCUAUCGGAUACAUUACCAUCUACGCAUCGGUUAGUUCAGCAGUCUGCGGAUGCGGAAGCUAAGUUCUCGUCUUCGGCUUCGUCUAUACAGCGUGUGACGUGGGCCCCUUUCCACGGGAUUCAAGAGCCGGUCUGCGUUGAGGGUCCCGAGGCUAAGGCUGGCAAGCUGCUGGGAGGGCUGUGUGUUCUACCUGUCAACGCUUGGGGUAAUGGACAGCGGCAUUCUGGAUCGGAGGGCUUCAAUAGUCAGCAUGCUUGUAUUAACCACCGGUUUGGGGGGACCUGGAAACCGUGGAAACAGAGCUGGCAGAAGUAUCUCUUUGGUUGA